AACUGACGAGGAGCAGACCACAGUACCAAGGAGCUCCACACCGGGAAAAGUUUACCCCCAACUAUUCCGCUCGACUGAAAGGACGGAGAAACAGCAGAGAUGGCAACCCAAGCCCAGCAGCCGCCUCACCUGCACCUGGCCGAGCUCACUGCAGCGCAGUUCAUCGACAUCUGGAAGCAUUUUGACGCAGACGGAAACGGUUACAUUGAAGGGAAGGAGCUGGAGAACUUCUUCAGAGAGCUGGAGAGCACCAGGCGAGGAGCUGGCGCGGAGCCUUCACAUGCUGCGUUCACAGAGAAGAUGAGGGAGUUCAUGGCUAAAUUUGACAAAAACGCUGAUGGGAGAAUUGAGAUGUCAGAGCUGGCUCAGCUUUUGCCCACAGAGGAAAACUUCCUGCUUUGCUUUAGAGAAUUUGUCGGAUCCAGCGCUGAAUUCAUGGCAGCCUGGAGGAGAUAUGACUCUGACCGGAGUGGAUACAUUGAGUCGAAUGAGCUGAAGGGUUUCCUUUCAGACCUGCUGAAGAAGGCAAACAGAAACUAUGAUGACAAGAAGCUCAAUGAGUACACAAAGACAAUUCUGAGGAUGUUUGAUCUUAAUGGAGAUGGUAAACUGGGCCUCUCUGAGAUGGCGAGGCUCUUGCCUGUCCAGGAAAAUUUCCUGAUGAAGUUUGAGGGUAUCAGGCUCACUGUGAAAGAAUUUGACUCCCUCUUCACCUACUAUGAUAAGGAUGGUAACGGGUACAUUGAUGAACAGGAGCUGGAUGCUUUGCUGAAGGACCUCUGUGACAAGAACAAAUUGGACGUCGACUCAACAGGGUUGGUGGACCACAAGAAGAGCAUCAUGGCUCUGUCUGACGGAGGGAAACUGUACCGCACUGAGCUGGAGAUCGUCCUCUGCCGGGACUCCGUACUGUGACCUCCUUGCCUGGAACCCUGAGACCUCCCUAGCCAUCUCUCCACAGCCUCCUCCUUCCUACCUCCUAUUGUAACCUGGUGCAUGUGUGACCCUUAACCACGCUACACAACUUAGAGUGAAAACAAAAGUGCUCCUGAAAGCCAACAGUGUACCGCUGGCCCUGCAGAUUUAGCUUUCUUCCCCCUUUUAAGAAUUUUUUUUUUUUAUGUUACAUGCAUAACAGUGAGACAGCUAUAUAAUCCCUACAGGAAUACAUUUUAUGUUUUUAUUUAUUUGACUUGUAUGCAUUUGUAUUUUUGCACUUAUCUAUGUGUUCUUCGUCCAUUUAAUUUGAAAUUAAUAUUUAUGUUCAGUAGAUUUUGUUAAUUUAAUUCUGUUUAAUUUAAUAUGAUCCUGUUUUAUUUUAUGAAGAGGCGUGUACUGUUCUAUCAAAGACAUAUUAAAGAUAUAAUGAGAGAAUGAAUAAAUAUAACAUGACAA